CGACGCGGCAACCGGCGGCAGUCGCUUCCGUCGCGUCCGCCCAGCAAGUACUGUCGCGACACGACGCAAACCGCUGUUAUUUAUUUUUUCGCAGUCGUUUGUAUUUUUCAUUCGGUUUCGCGCGGUGCCGGUCCGUCAGUGUGUACACUUAUUGUUCGUCUGCGACCGCGUACACGACACUAGCGAGGAGCGCGUGAUAGUUCGCCGCACCGGUGUCUGCGAUUGCGACAAUAAUAUUAUUUUAAUCGACCGAAAUUAUUUAUAGACAUUAAAAUUAUUUUUCCGUAUCCGAUACGCGGCACGUCAAACUAUUAUAUUUCGUUAUAAUAAUAUUUUUACCUUAAAAAUAUCGAUCUAUCGAUAGCGGCAGUUUCACCAGCGGGUCGAGGAAAAAAAUAAAAAUAAUUAACGUUUUUGGACGAUUUUAUUUUUCCGACGCGCGUUCGAGCGCCACGACACAUGGAUACCGCACCGUCCUGAACGCCGCCGACAGACCGCGUGCCGCACACAAUCCAAUCGUUGAGAAAUGGUAGCGGACACGGCUAGCAGUUAUCAUCAUCAACAGAAAACUCAGCCACAACAGCCACAGCAACCAAACCAACAUCAGCAACAACAGCAACAGCAUCACCACCAGCAACAACAGCAGAAACUCCACCAACAGCAGCAACAGCAACUUCACCAAAUCCAUCUGCAACGCCAACAACAGCAACAGCAGCAGCAAAACAGUGGCGGAGCCAUGCCGCAAUAUUGUAGCGACAUGGAACAGUCGGGUGGUCCAGGGAGCAUGAGGUACGACGAUUCGGUAUCACCGGGUCCGGAAUCGCCAGGCCCUGGUGAGCCAUACCCACCUGGGUUCGACCUGACGGCGCACCUGCAGCACAAGGAGUUCUUUGCGCAGCGUAAGCAACGUGAAUUCAUACCGGAUAACAAGAAAGAUGAAAGCUAUUGGGACCGAAGGCGACGCAACAACGAGGCGGCCAAGCGGUCCCGCGAAAAGAGGCGGUUCAACGACAUGAUCCUCGAACAACGGGUGGUCGAACUGAGCAAGGAGAAUCACGUGCUCAAGGCUCAACUCUCUGCCAUCAAGGACAAGUUCGGUAUCAGUGGCGAGGCCGUAGUCAGCGUUGAACAGGUCAUGGCUUCUCUGCCGACAAACGAACAAGUGUUGAGCAUCACUAAACGCCCGAAACUGUCCACGUCGUCGUCGUCCUCGUCGGUGGGUUACUCUCAGAACGGGUCAGGUCCCAUACCCACGUCAGUCAUCCACCAACCCGUCCAGUCGACCACGCCCAAAAUGAACGGCUCGUACUACGGCGGCGCACAGUCGGACUGCGGCAGUCCCGUCGACCAACAUCAACUGCAACAGCAACAACAGCAGCAGCAACAACAACAGCAGCAGGGCGACCGUUCGAACGGUCUGCCGAUGUCCGUGGCCGCCGCAGCCGUGGCCGCCGCGGCCCAAGCCGGGUACCCGCCGUACCCGUUCGCGCCCGUCCUGCCACCACUGCAGCCGCCGUCGUUCGAAGCGGCCGCCAACAGCGUACUGAACCUCAGCCGCCGGCCGCCGUCGCCGUACGAGCUGAGCAGCGGCAGUGGCGACGACACUUCGUCGUCUUGCGUGCCCAUAUCUCUGGCGUUCGUGGCCGCGGCCGCGGCCGCAGCCGCUGGCGGAGUGGUCGGCCCGAACGGCGCGUUGGUCGGUAACAACGGCAACGGCAACAACAACAACCACCACCAUCAGCACCGGCACCGGCACCACUUCAACGGCAACGGCAUGAUGGCCAUGAUGGCCAACGGCGGCGGAGGCGUGCCGAUCGCCGUGCUCAACGGCAACAGCGGCAACGUGUCCAUGGUGCACGGCAACGACAGCAACGGUGGCAUCAUCGGCGCCGUGAACGGCAACAACAUCGCGGCGAUCGUCAACGGCGCGGGCGGUGGCAACGGCAGCGGCAACUGUCUGCCGCACAAGCUCCGCCACAAGACGCACUUGGGCGACAAGGACGUGGCGGCCACGGCGCUGCUGUCGCUGCAGGCCAUCAAGCAGGAACCGGGCAGCAGCCGGGCCAGUCCGCCGUGGGACGCGGAGGGCAGCAGCGACGAGCGCGACUCGGGCAUCAGCUUGGGCGUCGAAUGGGGCGUCCGGCCGUCGUCCGCCUCGGUGGCCGCCGCGUGCCCGACCGCCGCCUCGGUGGCCGCGCCCCGCGCCGCCGCCAUGCAGUCACCGGCCGCCGUCACGAUGAGCGGCGAACCGGCCGACGGGGCCGUGCACGCGACCGCGCCGACGGCCGCGGCCGCCGCCGACGACUCCAGGCUCAAGUCCGAAGUGGCCCGGCUAGCGUCCGAGGUGGCCAGCCUCAAGAACAUGCUGUCGUCCAGGAAGUCGGCCACCGCGGCCCCGGCCCAGUCCACCACCGUCGCGGUCAACUGAUGAUCCGCGGCGGCGGCGGCGGCUAUGACGGCGGACAUUAUUAUUAUUACGUCCGUUAUCGCGAUUCACAGGUAUUUUAAUUGUUAUACGUUCGCAAGCGAAUCCCAUUUAGAUAAAUUAUUAUUAUUUUUUUUUUUAUUAUUAUUUUUAUUAUUAUUAUUAUUAUUAUUAUUAUAAUUAUUAUCAUCAUCAUUAUUAUUAUUAUAUUAUUAUUAUUAUUAUUAAAAUCUGGUAGUUUUGACGAUGUGUUUCGUAUAUCAUUCGAACACGUUUUCGUCGCCCACCGAAUGUCUUUUAUUAAUACUAUAUAUAUAUAUAGACAAUAAUAUAUAAUAUGUUAUUAUUGUUAUCGAACUCGAAUUAAUAAAAUUGUUUUUUUUUUUUUUGCUUUUUUGACGACGAGCGCACACUUGAUAUCAUCAUAAUAUAUAUCGUUAUGUAUUGUACAGCGACUGUGGGAGUUACUCGGAAGUGUGUGUGUGUGUGGGGGGGGGGGCAACGCCGUUUAGACGGCAAAUCGAAAGUUUUAUUUUUUUUUCUCAAUUCGGCGAUGGCGUUCGUCGGACAUUAAUUUUAAGCGUGUAAAUAAUCCCUUGUAACAUUAUAAACAUAUAUUGAAUAUACGUAGGCGGCGAUUCUCGCACCGAACACCGUCGUCAGUGCGGGUUUACCGUGACGGCGGGACGCGACGCCGAACUCCAUUCGCGCGACCGCGUGUCGAGAGAAUCGCCCUGUACGUACACUAUAUAUAAUAUCCGCGUAUAUUAUAUUGGUGUUUGUGUGUGUAUAAAGUAUAAAUAUAUAUUAUUUUUAAUGCGUUACGCCAAAAACAUUCAAACGGGGACGGGGUGAUAGGCGAGGACGUUGCUUUAGCUAAACUAUUAUUUCAUAGACGACGCGUACCGUAACGCCGCCGGCAAUAAUAUAGUGCAAAACCAAAAUAUAACGUCGUGUUGGCCGCGCGGUCGUCGGUCAUAAUAAUAUAUUAUAACAUCGCGAGAUUCGACCAUAGUGCUGCACAAAAGACACCACCGGCAAUAUGGUCUACGAAAAAAAUACCGCUCCCCUCGUCCUCGUUUCGCACACGGUCUCGAUGCCGAAUAAAAUUUAUCUGUGAUAAACGUCCCAGUCGUAUAUUGCUCGUGUUCGGUUUUUGUGUUUUUGGUGUACACAUCUCUUUACGUGUCGAAAACACGUGCCGGCACAACACAAAAAUAGUUAAAAUAUAAUAAUAUGAUAUCGCAGUGAUUAUACGAUCCAUAUAAUAUGAUAUAAA